AUGCGCGAAGACGGCGCCACGUUCGGGCGGGCGGAUGCCCCCGACGCCUGGAGAUGUGGAGUUGAGCUGGAUGUGGUGGAGUUGCCGCCUCUUUGGGUGCGCCUGUUGGGGGAGAACAGGCCCCUGAGCGCGGACAACGAGUACCAAGUGCAGUGCGAGGCCGUGGGCACGCGCCCGCCGCCGGAGAUGACCUGGUGGAAAGGGGGCGUGCCGCUCCGGCAUGCCAUCGAACGGGUAAGUAAAUAG